AUGAUUAUUUUAUAUUCAUUAAAUGACUGUUUAUUUGAGCAUAAUUAUGAAGUUACAUCAUUGGCAACAAAUGGUAUACGUUAUUUAAUAUCAGGAUCAAAAGAUUGUACAGUUAAAGUUUGGAUUGUUGAAAGUGAUAAACCAACGACUCUAUAUAGAACAUUAAUAGGUCACUCAAGUAUUAUUCAAGAUGUGGCAAUAACUCAAGAUGAAAAAUAUGUUAUUUCAGGUUCAUGGGAUGGUAAUGUUUGCAUUUGGGAUAUUGAAAGUGGUCAAUGUAUUAAAACUAUAAAACAUCAAUCACAAAUUAUGAAAGUUUCAUAUAUACAUCAACAAAAUGGUGAUUUUAUAUCAUCCAUUACAAAUGAUGGCACAGUAAUGAUUUGGAAAUUAUUUUUUAAAAAAAUAAAAGAUGAAAAUCAAAAUGAAGAAAAACAAGAAAAAGAAAAAGAAGAAGAAGAACCAAAAUUUUAUAAAUCAUAUCAUGAAAAAGGAAUUUUCAAUACUAGUUGUGCAUUUUCUACAUCUGAGGAUAUUAAUCCAAUUUUAUGUACAUCUGGAAGUGAUGGAAAAAUAUUCAGUUGUUUUGAUGAAUUUAGAAAUCAGUAUAAAUUAUCAAAAAGUGAUGAAUUCGAAGAAACCAUUAGAAACCAUGUCAAUGAUGAUGAUGGUAAUAAUAAUGAUAAAAAUGUAAAAAUUUGGAAACAUGAUAGUGAUGGUAUUAUAAAUUAUCUAUUAUUUUCACCUGCAAAUCUUUUUAUAUCAUCAGGUUGUAGCGAAGGAAUUGUUUGUCUUUGGAGAUACGAUGAUUGUAAUGAAUUUAUAAAAUUAAAUUGUAAUAGUCCAGUUAAUAGUUUUAGUUAUAAUCCUGCUAUGCUUUUAUGUGCAACUGCGAGUGAUGAUAAUAUUUUAAUAUGGGAUUUAGAAAAAAAAAAAAUUUUAACAACAAUUGUAAUUGAUGAUUUCGACAGUCAACUUAUCAAUAAUGAUGAAAAUAAAGAUGAAAUAAUUUUAAAAGUUAAGAAUCUUCAAAGAUAUAAAGAAUCUUAUAAAGCUCAAUUAAAAUAUCAUCAAAAAAAUAGUGAUAAACCAUUAAUUCGUUCAUUAUCAAUAGUUUGGUUUUCUUAUGAUAUUAUUUUUGUAGCAUGUGAUGAUAACACUAUUAGAAGAUAUAAAAUAAAUAAUAUUUACGAAAAUUAA